AUGAAGCUCAUACUAUCCACUUCUAACAUCAUGUCCGGGGGACCCUCGGUUGUCCGGCGUCCCUUCUUCGAGAAAUCGAACACGGAACUGACCUCGUCACUGCGCGCCAACUUCGCGAACCACCAGUCGUCACCCACACCAUCCGGCGCCGACUACAAGUCAUGGACAACGCAAGCAGACAGCAGCCUCUACAUACCGAGCCACGAACCCUCGCCUCUCACCGAGCCUCGGGAAUCAUACGAUAUCACCGUCAAGUUAUUCUACCUUCCCAAUAUACCCGCCGACCGCCGAUGCGCCCAGACAAGAGAGGCAAUCGAACUGGUCUUGAAGGAGCUGGGCAGCAAGUCAAUAGACCUGCUGAUCGUCAGUUUCCCAGGAAUGUCUUUCGAUGCGGAUGAUGAGGACUCGGAUCUGGAAGACCCGCCAUCCGCCCCACAGUCGACAUCAGAAGGCACCGACGACUCUGAGGUGCCCCCGGAGGACAUUGAGACAAUGGCUGCAACGUGGAAGACGUUGGAAAAGCUGCACAGUGAGGGCCUGGUGUCGAAGUUGGGUAUUGCUGAGUUCGGCGUGGCACGGCUGCAGAAGUUCCUGGAGCACACGACAAUCAAGCCAGGCGUCAACCAGAUCAAUGUUAGGGACUGCUGUGUUGUGCCAAAGCCGUUGAUCCUGUACGCAAAGCAGCAACAGAUUGAGCUCUUAACGCACAAUGACUGCACGAACAUCCUGCCGCGGGGGACGUUGAGGCAAAUCUUGGGUUCUGGAGAGGAUGGUUCGGGAGUGUUGGCGGGCGAAUCAAAUAAAGAUGGUCUGAAGGGUGAUGUGUCACCACAGUGGGUCGUAAAAUACACUGCCGUGGUCAAGGACAGAGGCGUGGUGGAGAACAAGGGCUACUUCGCGGCUGCUGAAUUGCGAGGUGACUGA